CUUGGCACGACCUUCGUCUCUAUCGCGAGUGCCUGAAUCUCUUCGGUUGUACCCCCGCGCGCUCUCUCUCUCUCUCUCUCUCUCUCUCUCUCUCUCUCAGUGUGAAUAGCCUCUGCUAGCGGAGCCAGGACUCUUGACCUCCUCUCUCGCUCUUCAGAUACAAGGUCGGACGGUAAAUGGUGAUCUAGCCCUGUGACUACAGUAUGAGCUGGUUAGGAUGCCAUUGAUUCGGUAACAAAAUCAGAGCUAGCCAUGUCAGUUACAUAUCCGCAGAAGCCCCCGUUUCCGAGACCCUUCUCUUCAUUUUCUACCCGUCCUUUAUCUUUGACAACCAACUUCCAGUUUCCAUUCUCUCGAAGUAUACGAUUCCCGAAAAAGCUAAAUUGUCUUCCACCUUCUUCUCAAUCCUCAUUAGCAUGGGAAAACGACAUCAUUGAGGAAGAACAUGUAAUUGGUGACUGUGUUGUAUUUGAAGAUGGUAUUUUUGAAGACCCAUACCUCCAAGGUGAAACCAACCAUGACAACUUUAUUCCACCUAAACGCAAAGGCAAAAAGAGGUUAAAUGAAGUUGAAACUGAAAACUUAGUGCCAGAAAAUUGGAGAGAGGUGCAAGCAGAGAUUAACAUUACAAAGAAAGAUAGGCGCAAGAUUGCACAGGAAUUAGAGUUUGGUCGCAGAGUGGAGAAGAGAAAACAAGGUUAUGUUCCUUUAAGGACCGUGAAUUUAGAAGAAUAUAAAGCUUACAAAGAGGCAAAGAUGGCACAGUUGAAACCAGUGGCUCUUGACAGUCCUAGUUUUCCAGGGAAAGAAGAGGAUAAGGAGGCUAAUGCGGGCGCAGAGAAAGAGUUGCUAAGUGAAAGAGUGGCGCCACGAAAUCCAAGAUGGGAAGUUUAUGGGAGGGGCUUGGAGGAUGUUACUGAAUUUUUGAACAGUGGAAACUAUGAACCUGGUAAAAAACCUGAAGGUCCCCGCAAGCUAUUCACUAAGGAAGAAAAGGUUCUGCUGAACAAACGGAUCCCUAACCUGGCUGCUGCGACAUCUGACAAAUGGCUACCCCUGCACACAUUGGCUGCAUCGGGAGAGUUUUACCUUAUGAAUGCUUUGCUGAAACACAAAGUUGAUAUCAAUGCUGUAGAUAAGGGUGGUUUGAGCGCACUCCACAAAGCAAUUAUAGGCAAGAAGCAAGCAAUUAUGAACUAUCUUUUGAGAGAAUCUGCUAAUCCAUUUCUUCGUGAUAAGGAAGGGGCUACAUUGAUGCACUAUGCUGUCCAAACAGCAUCGAGUCAGGCGAUAAAGAUUCUUCUAUUGUAUAACAUUGACAUAAACCUCCAGGAUAAUGAUGGAUGGACACCAUUGCAUCUUGCUGUCCAAUCUCAACGCACUGAUGUGUUGAGACUUUUAUUAAUCAAGGGAGCUGAUAAGACAAUAAAAAACCAGGAUGGUAUGACUCCGCUCGACCUUUGUCUACAUUCUGGUCGAGACUUUAGGACUUACGAGCUUAUCAAGUUACUGAAGCGGCUUCCCAAGUCAAAGCUAAUUAUGCCGUGAAGGCGAUGCAGUACUUGAAGAUGUCUUCCUCAGAAGAGAGUAGAAAGUAGAAAAUGCACACACAUUGCAGGAAACGAGUACAGGACCAGCACGAGGCAAACGCAGCUUGCUCUUCUAAAGCUAAGCGAAGCAUCGCACGACUAAU